AUGACAAUAGUAUCCUUCUGCUAUCUUAUUCCAUCUGUUUUACUGGACGACGCAUCUUCAGAGAUCGAAGUCACUCUUGACUUUUACAUGUCAAUUUAUGAUAUUUUUUGGUAUACCGAAGUUAUACACAUUGCCUUAAUGGCAAUAAAUAGAUUUGUAUGCAUCGUAUAUCCACCAUAUUAUGCAGCUUUUUUCUCUCGCACUAAAACACUUCUUAUACUUUGUAUUAGCUAUAUCCUGGGAUUCGCAAUCAAUUUUCCUACGGCCUUUCCAACCUGCUAUAUACUAUGGAACACGCACUAUUACCAGCCAAUGUAUGCUAACCCGGAUGCAUGGUGA